AUGAAGGAGAGCUUUGAGCUUAAUCAGCCGUUCACCAAAUGCAUCCGGUGGCAGCUGGAAGAAACCACCGAUCCCCUCCACUGCCCUUUUCACUACUUCUGCGCCAGCUUCUACCACGGCGGCGACUACCCUCCCUCCGUCGACCUCCUCGUGUUCUUCUUCGCUUUGGCAUCCUUCCUCUCCGCCGUCGCCUUCACUCUCCUGGACUUCGCGGCCAGCUCCGCGGGGGAACUCAACGUGGGAAGACUGAGACUUAGCAGGAGGCAUCUGCUGCCGUCGGGACCCGUCGGGCUUCCUCUGGCGAUACUCGUCCUCUCCCACGGCCACAGCAUCAACACGAUCUACCCCUUCUUGCGCCUAGCGCCGGCGCUCCUCCACGUCGUAUACGUGUCGGCGCUGGCGUUCCGGAACCGGUCGGAGAGCGAGGCCAAGUACGGGAUCCUGGAGGCCACCACCGUGUCAGGGAUCCUGCACGCGAGCAAGCACUUGGACUCCGUAAUCUUUCCUUACUACACGGGGCUGGAGGCGGCGGCGGGGUCGACGCCUUCCGGCGCGUGCGCGUCGUGCGUCUGCCGGAAGGCCGCCCUGGCGGCCACCGGUGGCGGGCACAGGGGGUGUUCGAGGACGACGGUGGCGGUGGCGGGUGCGGUCUGCGCGAGGAUGGUGUGCAGGGUGAUGGGGGAGGGGAGGUGGAGAGGGUGGAUGAGGAACGCGGUGGAGGGGGUCGGGUGGGGUUUGGUUGCCAGGGACUCCCUGCGGCUGAUGGCGAGAGGCGGCGGCGGCGUUGCGGCGAGCCGCACCGCCCUGGAUGUGGCGGUCCAUGGAGGGGUCUCCGUUCUGGUUUUGCUAAAUCUGGCGAGGAUUCUGUACAAGUUCUCGGAUUCGGUGGCGACUAAGAAGCAUCGGCAUUGCGGCCAGAGGAAAAUCGUAGCGAGUAGAGAUUACGAGGAAAUUGUAUAG